AGGGGUUAAAGGUUGAAAGUGAUAAGAGAGACAGACAGACAGACGGACACGCAGACAGAGAGGUUGCACAGCUGAGUGAGUCACUCUGCUCUGUGUUCAUCAUGGAUUUAUCACAUGGGGUUCUGAUCCUGUUCUCUCUAUUAUGUUCAGUGGCUGGUCAGGCUCCUGUCGUCUCGGUGGAGCCCCGGGCUGCUACUGUGCGCAAAGGAGAAUCUGUCAGUUUUAGAUGCAGCGUAAAACUGACAGACUCCUCUAACUCACGGCCACUCGAGGUACAGUGGAAGAAAGCCAACAACCAAGCAUUACCAGACAAUGUAAAAGUUGGUCCUGAUGGGUCUGUGCUCACGAUUGCUAAUGCUGUCCCUGGAAACCAUGGCCAGUACCGCUGUGUGGCAUCCAGCUCUGCCGGCCGAGGCACUGCCAACGUUAUGUUGACUGUCAAAUAUGCACCUAAAGUACGGCUGACACCUUCGGGGCCCCUGAGAGUCAGGAUAGGUGACCCUGUAUCAGUGGAGUGCCGUGCCCAAGGCAGGCCACAGCCCACGCUGACCUGGAAACGCCAAGGCUCCACCCUGCAGCUGGUUACCACGGAGGCAAAUGAUGUCAACACCAUAACGUGGCCUGCAGUACGCCCAGAGGACUCUGGAGUUUAUAUUUGCCUGGCUGAGAACACUGAGGGGAUGACAGAGGCCAAAAUUGAGAUCAUUGUCGAGAGGGAGCUUGGAGCACCAGUGGCUUCAGUGAGCCCUACAGAAAUCACAGCAGUGGAGGGGCACAUAGUCACUAUAGAGUGUCAGGCCAGUGGUUCCCCUCCUCCUGUCAUCACCUGGUCCAAGCUUCGAGCUCCACUGCCAUGGAAACACACAGUUGUUGGUGGAGUGUUGACACUGUCCAGCGUGGGGCGCCAAGACUCAGGACAGUACAUCUGUAAUGCCACUAACAUACACGGCUAUAGUGAGGCUUACGCGGACAUGGAGGUGGAGACCCCUCCAUACACCACCAUCCUGCCCGAUCAGGUGAGACUCCAACCUGGAGAUGCCCUGCAAUUGCAGUGCCUUGCCCACGGCACUCAUCCCAUUGACCUCACAUGGAGCCGGGUGGGUCGGCCGAGCCUACCCCCGGGAACAGAGACCACAAAGGGUGGAAAGCUGCUGAUAACCAAAGUUAAACAAAGUGACAGUGGAACAUACAAAUGUGUCGCCACUAACCACAUUGGCUCCAGUGAGGCUACGACCAGAGUCGUCAUAAGACCUUAAGCCAACCCGAUGCAUCUCACUGAUAAAACAUCUAUGCAGUGCUGACACCUUCUGCAAGCCUGGAUUACAAUGCUGAUGAUGCCCAAGAGUUUAAUUCAAAGAAGGCAGAGAAAAUACUUAAUAUUCAUUUACUUUGAUGCCUGAAGAUUAAACAAAUCAAUGCUGAUGUUUGAAUGUUUGGUAUUACUGGACACAUUGGGCAAAUUUUGUGCUUUUAUAAAAAAAUUACUAUGCUUGCUAUUAUCAUUGUCUCAUAUUGGCCUCCGGGAAGGUUUUACUGGAAAUCUGCGUCGACUGACAGCAAACAGCAUGUAUGUGGGAGUUUUUUUUUUUUUCCCCAGUGGAAUGCAUCUGCACACUGUCCUCCUCCCUUCUUGUCAUCUGCUUAGUUUACACUAUUGAAAUUAAACGAUCCAAGAUAACAGGUUCCUGAUGCAAUGUUGGAAAUAUUAUAAAAGCCUUUGUUAAAAAUCAAAUCACUGUAUACAGAAUUAAACAAAAUCUGGACUAAAAAAUGUUAUUAAAAUGUUUUAAAAUGUUUGUUCUAAAGUGCACUGAAAUUGGGAUUGUGUCUUAUGGUCCAUAAAGGUGUACUUUACUAUGUGCAACGGAUGUACAGUGUGUAUCGGGUUUGAUUAAAGGAUGGAAGAAGACUGUGGAGAGGAAAGAGAGAAAAAACAAAAAACAAAAGCAGAUGGAUCAUGGGUUAUAACAAUGCAACCAUAAUCCACAGGUAUGAAGAUAUGAAUGAUGCUCAUUUGCUAUGUAAAUUUUUACAAAUUUCUUGGAAAAAAAAGACUUUGUAGACAUUAGGGUUGCUUCUAAAGAAAAACAUGGGAGGAAACAUACUUCAGAUCCAGAGCCAGAAAUGUCAAAACUACCCAAAUACACAGAAAACAUUAAAAAAUUAUAAAAAUUGUG